UGAUCCUUAUAUGGGCUCCUUAGCGGCGUAGGUCACCUCUCGUACAAAUAUACAAGUCCCUCUUUGGCCUUCUUACACUCCCACCAAUCUCUCGCUACGUUCAAUCUCCACCGCCUCUCCUCUCCUCUCCUCUCCUCCUCCGCCCUGCAUUCCAAAUCCUUUUACCUUUUUCAUAAGGUGAGAGAAUUUACAUGUUCCGUUUUUCAACUUCCGAUGAAUAAUUUGAUAGGUUUUUUUUUCCUUUUUUGUUGUACGUGUAAACAGAAAUCUCAGAAUUAUGACCUUUUUAUUGCUUGGUUAUCAAUUCGUUUUCCGGAUAUUGAGAAAUUGAUGAAUCGGAAUUGUUAAUUCUCAUGUUUUUUCUAUUCCGGACUCGACUCCACUCUGUUUCGGAUACAAAAUUUUCAAUUGAACAGAGUCUUAGGGUUUUAUUCUUAUCUUAUAUAAAUUGUUAGAGAAUUCUAUAAUAUUUGAACGAAAAUAGCGGUGAUACAGAAGACUGGAUUGGAUGAAGAUGAUCCAUAUGGAAUUCGACUAGGUUAUGAUUAAGAAUUACAUCCAUUGCUGUUGGAGAUAUGGGAUUUAAGAAAGUUUAUAAGGCAUUGCAGGAGAUUUUUCCCGAGGUUGAUUCUCGAAUUCUUAGAGCUGUUGCUAUUGAGCAUUGUAAGGAUGCUGACACAGCCGUUGAGGUGGUUCUUAGUGAAGUUAUCCCCUGCUUGACUAAGCUUCCCUCAACUUUUUUUGAGCAUAGUGGGGUAACUGUCAAAUCAUCUGAAGCUGCAGUAGAUGCUAAUGGAGCUCAGAUUGAUGCUGUUCUUCUUCACAAUACAAAAGAUUCAGAUGAACUGCAAAAUGGCUUAUCAUUCUAUGAUGCUGGUUGUGGACAUCAUCAAACAAUUGAAGAUACUGAUGGUGCAUCCCUUCAGCAUUAUCAUGAUGCUGUUGGUGGAGAUCAUUUGCCGUUUGAAAUCAAUGGAGGUGGGACACCGGUUACCAUGGAGAAGUUGAAUAAAAGCAAUGACAAUGUUGGUGCACACGGAUCCUGCCAAGUCACAUCUGUCAUGUCAAAUGCUGAAGGCAGGGCUAGAGAUGAUGUUUAUGAGAAGUGUGCACACUUGCUUAUUGAAAAUGAGAAAUGUGGACACACUGCUAGUCCCGAAGCAACUUCUUUCAAAGUAAACAAACACAAUGGAGCUGAAGAUGCAGGCAAUCAGCUUUGUCUGCCCGCGGAAGGUGUUGCUCCACAUAAUACCCUUGAAGGGACUGAUAACUCACCUUGUGAUGGUCCUAAUGCACUUCUGCACAAAAGUAUACAUGAAGAGGUUUCUUCAAUGGACAAUCAGGACAUGGAACAUCCUGAGAGUCAGGUUGUGCCCUUGAACGUUCAAACUUCAACAUUAUUUGGUUCUGAAAGUAGUACAGAAUUUGUGGUUGCACCAGAUGCGGAUAAUUCUGAUCUAGAAAAAACAGAGCUCAAUGAUUCUGUAGAUGCUACAUGUAACAGAGAUUUGGCAGGUAAAAUUAUUGGAAAUGAAGAGGAGUCUAUGCCAAAUUCAGUGGUUACUGCAUCUGGUCAAAUUUGUAGCAUUGACCUUCUUGAAGAUAUGAUGACGGAAGCCAAAAGUAACAAGAAAACACUGUUUUCGGCUGUGGAGUCUGUUAUCUGCUUGAUGAGAGAAGUUGAACUCCAAGAGGAAGCUGCAGAACAGGCAAAGCUGGAAGCUGCUAAUGGGGGACUGGAUAUUCUUAGGAGGGUAGAGGAUCUGAAAGAAAUGUUAUGGCACGCGAAGGAAGCAAAUGAUAUGCAUACUGGUGAAGUAUAUGGUGAGAAGGCCAUCUUAGCUACUGAAGUAAAAGAGCUUCAAUCUCGUCUGCUCAGCUUGGCAGAUGAAAGGGACAAAUCUCUCGCAGUUCUGGAUGAGAUGCGUCAGACACUUGAGGUUCGAAUGGCUGCUACUGAAAAAGAAAUGAAAGCUGCUGAGCAAGAAAGACUAGACAAGGAAGAGGUUGCACGUAAAGCGCUCGCUGAACAGGAAACCAUUAUGGAAAAAGUUGUGCAAGAGGCCAAUAUUCUGAAGCAAGAGGCAGAAGAAAAUGCCAAGUUGAGGGAUUUCCUGGUGGAUCGUGGACGUGUUGUUGAUACUUUGCAAGGCGAAAUAUCUGUCAUAUGCCAAGAUGUGAGGUUGUUGAAAGAGAAAUUUGAUGAUCGUGUUCCUCUUAGCAAAUCUCUAUGUUCCAGUCAGACCAGCUGUAUCUUGGCGUCAUCAAGUUCAUCUUUGAAGAGUAUGGUACCAGAUCAGGUGCCCGAUUCUGCGGAUUUGUUGCAUGUUCCAGAAAAGGCGGAUACUGUAUCUUGUAAUGAGGAGGAGCACAAGGCAUCUGAAGAUGUGAAGUCGGUGAUCUAUAACACCGAUCUUCUGGAUGAUGGAUGGGAGAUCUUUGACAACCGCGAGCUAUGCGUGUGAAUCUAGUUGGUAUAUGUCGUGACUAGUAUAGAAGAACCAUUGACUGCUUGUUUUAGUUCCAAGAUAUCUCUCAUCUAUUAAAUAAGUUUCUUGGUAGAAACAAACAAAUUUAGAAUUCCAGUUUGUUAUGCUCAUUUUGCCAUGUUGGAGCUAUUUCAAAGAAGUAUCCUAUCCUGAUUUAGAAGUAUGUGUACAUAGCACGUAUAUAAGAAGCAAUUUUUUUUAUAUAUGAAGAGGAGUACAAUCAUGUAAUCGGUCAA